UGUAUAAUGGAUGCAAAGUUUCUGUCAAUAUUCCUAACGCUGAUCAAUGAGUACACGGAUUGGUCGCGAGCUGUGGAACAGCCCAUCAAUAUUCUGGAGUCGAUGGCAGACAUACUGAGCGAUUCCCUGGUAGUCUCGCCGCUCAUACAAACCGGUGAUUUGCAUUCAGGCCCACCGCUCACCUCAUCGAUAGCCGGUGCCGCCGACACCACCGCCGGAGCCGGCAAAACAUUUUUCUAUAUAUUCACUCAUCAGAAUGAGGAGAGCGUCGCAAACAAGUUGAAUGUGAAGGAGAGCUGCUCUCAUAGCGUGGAGCUGUCGUACAUAUUUGGUGCCCCCCUUUCCUACCACUUAUUGGGAAAAUCAAUGACACAUUUCGCUACUAAUUAUAGUAGAGCUGAAGUCACUCUUUCGGAAGCUUUAAUGACUUAUUGGAUUAAUUUCGCUAAAUUCGGAAUAAAGGCUUUGCUAUACAGUAGUGUUUCCGCCACUUUUUUGGUGCACUUUCUCUAUCCUAUAGUUUUGGGCAAAAGUUUUCUACCGGUUUUGGUGGACGGUGUGGUUCGAGGCAAUUAUGGUCUCAUGGAUCAGGUGGCGGCUCUUCACUGGAUCCAAGAGAAUAUCGCUGAGUUUGGCGGCCAAUCAGAUAAUGUCACUAUCAUUGGCUAUGGGUAUGGGGCCGCCUGUGCCCACCUGCUCAUGAUAUCACCCAUGGCUAAAGCUCAUAAUUGCCGGAUUAUUUAG